AUGAAGUUUUAUAAAGAAUGUAUUUAAUUAAAUCAUUUUAUUAGAAGUUGAUAAAAUUUCAGAGUAGAAUAUCAUAAUUCCUAUUAAAUCUUAAACAUUUAAAUGUUGCAAUAAAGAUUUCAAAUCAAGUUAAAAAUAUUAAGGUCAUUUGAUAUCAAAAAGCCAUUAAUUAAAAUAAUUAAAAUCACCUAUCACAACAAAUAGAAGUUAAACAGGAAAUUCUUUAUUAAAUAGUAAUGUAUGCUUAUUUUGUGAUGAAUUAUGCGAUAAUAUUGAAGAUUGUUUAAAACAUAUGAGUAAUUAUGGAUAUUUAUUCGUGAAUAAAAGCAUUGUAUAAAUAUUGAGGGAUUGUUAAAAGCAUUAUUAGAACAAAUAAAUAAGAAUAAUACUUGUUUACAUUGUUUUCUAAACAUUCAUAAAUAGUCAUGCUACACAUUGCUUAAUGUCUUAAUAAGAAUAUAAAGUUUUAUCAAAAUAUUACAAUUUUGUAGAAAAAUUAUUAGCAAUUUUGGUAGAGUAAAAGGAAUAACAAUUAUAAAUUGAAGCUAAAAAUAAUAAUUAUCAUAAAAAUAAGAUUAAAAAGAAGAUGAAAAUAAAAAUGAAAAGAAAAUUAAGCUGAAGGAGAUUGGGAAGAUGAUGAAGAUGAAGAUAUUAAUUCAGAUGAUGAUUAUGAAGAUGAAGAGGAAUUAACAUUAAAAUAAACUGAUAAUUUAAAAACUGAUGAAGAAUUAAGAUAAAAGAGAUUAAAAUAAUUAUUAAAAUAAAUUAGUAAGCAUAAAGCUACGUUAACAAAAAUUGGUGAAUUAUUGUUAUCAGAUGGAAAAUUGUUAUCAUAUUUAAUUUAAUAUUAGAUUAGGCCACAAAGAUUAAAGAAAAUAUUAUAAAUAGAAUCAUAUUCCAUUUAAAGUUUAAGAAAAUGAAUAAAUUAAGUAAUGUAAAUUAUUUAUUAAUUAAUAUAGUGGAUAUUGCUGAUGAAAAGUAAUUAGCAUUAUUAAGUAAUGAACUUAUUGUUGGUCAUUUAAGAAAUUUCUAUUAUCAAAAGACCAGAACAUUAGCAUAUGGACAAACAUAAAUUGGAUAAAGAAACAAUUUAAUUUAGAUAAGAUGGUUAAGAAAAUCUUGUUGA